AUGCCGGCAGUCACGAAAAAGGUCGUCGCCGUUCCCACAAAGGGGCAGCAGGAGUACGCGGCGGGCAAGGUGGACCCGGCGCAGGCGCUCAAGGCCUUUAAGGCGCUCGCGGCCCACGCCGACAAGCUGGCCAAGCAGCGCGAGGACGAUGCCAACGCCAAGAACGUGCUGCCCCUAGACGGGCCCCAGGGCGACCUGAGGGACCGCAACAACACCGUCUUCCUCCAGGUCGCCGUCAAGCAGCUCAACCCCGAGGCCAAGGUCAAGCCCGUCCGCGUGCCCGUCCCCAACGCCGUCCACCGCCCCGGCCAGGUGUCGGUCUGCCUGCUGGUCAAGGACCCGCAGAGGGAGUACAAGGACCUACUGACCAAGGAGAAGAUCACCAGCGUCGCCCGCGUCGUCGGCGUCACCAAGCUCAAGGGCAAGUUCAAGCCCUUUGAGGCCAGGAGGGACCUCGUCAAGGACCACGACCUCUUCCUCGUCGACCAGCGCAUCGUCCCGCUCGUCCCCAAAAUCUGCGGCAAGGUCUUCUUUGACGCCAAGAAGAACCCCAUCACGGUCGACGUCGUCCGGACGCGCCACCUCAAGGAGGAGCUCGAGUCGGCCAUCUCGUCGACCUACUUCCUGCAGAACAAGGGUUCCACGUCAUCGAUCAAGCUCGGCUACCUCUCGUCGCACACGCCCGAGCAGCUCCAGGAGAACCUGGUGGCCGCCGUCCCUGCCGUCAUCUCCAAGAUCCCCGGCGGCUGGAACAACAUCCAAAACAUCGAAGUCAAGACGGGCUCGAGCGCAUCGCUGCCCAUCUGGAACUGCUCGCUCGGCAUGAAGCGAGUGGUGCCCGCCGCCGCCGAGGGCGAGGAGGACAAGAAGAAGAAGAAGAAGGACCAGCAGCCGGCUCCGGCGGCCGACAAGAAGGCCAAGGGUAAGGCGGUCGAGGAGGCCGUCUCGAGCCCGGCCUCGGCCAAGGGCAAGAAGGCGGCCGCAGCGGAAACAUCGUCUCCGGCGGCGACGUCCAAGAAGCGAAAGGCCGAAGCGGCGACGGAGGCCGCGGCAGAGACGCCCAAGUCCAAGGCAAAGGGCAAGGCGGCAGCUGCUGCGUCGCCCAAGACGUCGUCGAAGCAGAUCCAGGAGGAGGCAGCUCUCGAGGACGCCGCAUUGGAGCUGUCGCCCUCGGAUGACAACGACGACGAGGACGAGGAGGAGCAGGACGAGGCGGCAGCAGCGGGCGACGUUUCGGUGUCGAAGAAGAAGCCCUCGCCUCGAAAGACGCGCUCGGCGACGGCGGCGGCGGCGACGAGAAAGGUGGGCAAGGACAAGGUCGAGACGCCCACCAAGAAGGCGUCGGCGUCGGCAUCGGCAUCGGCGGGGACGGGGAGCGGCAGCGGCAAGAAGACUACGUCUUCGACGACGAGAGGCGCCACGGGCAAGGGCAAGGCCAAGAAGUGA